AUGUGUAUGCUUUGUGGAGUUUUGAUAAUUCUCGUAUUCAACUCUGUGAGAUCAUUUGACUACGAGAUAAACAUCGAAUCUGCCUAUCAAACAUUCGAUGGAAUUGGUGCGAUCAGUGGAGGUGGUGCAACUUCUAAACUUUUAUUCACUUAUUUUCCGAAACAGGAAGAUCGCAAACCAAUUUUGGAAAUUCUCUUUAAUGUUUGUUUCAUCGUUUAUUCUACCUAACAAAUCUUGAAUAUUAUUUCAGAAAGAAAAUGGUUUACAAAUGCUAAAAGUAGAAAUGGGCGGAGAUGAUCAAAGCACUGAAGGAUCAGAAAGUUCACAUAUGUCGCAAAGAAAUAAAAUCUCGCCUAGAAACUAUGAAUUUCAACUGAUUUACGAGACUAGAAAAAUUAAUCCCAAGAUUCGGAUUUGUGCAUUGCCUUGGGCUUUCCCAGGUUGGCUUGGGAAUCAAAAUCCCUAUCAAAAUGUUAGUGAGACUGCGAAUUAUGUUGUUGAAUGGUUGAGAAUUGGAAGAAAAAUUUAUAAUUUUGAAGUGUACUGCAUUGGUGUUUGGAACGAAAGAAAUUUCUCAGAAAUUUAUGUGAAAACUCUCCGUCAUAUCUUAGACGAAUCCGGUUUUCAAAAGGUUAAAAUCGUUGCAGGAGAAGGAUUUGAAAUGGAUGAAAGUUAUCCGAGACUUCUUGACAAGGAUUUCAUUAAUUCUUAUGACAUUAUCGGAGCUCAUUAUCCUGGUGGAAAUAUACCAGAUUAUGUACAGAAAUCUGGUAAAACUCUAUGGGCUAGCGAAGAUUACAGCACAGAUAAUCGAAAAACUGGAGAAGGUUGUAUGGCAAGAACAAUAAAUUGGAAUUAUGUACAUGGAAAUAUUACAGGGCGAGCUUUUUGUUUUCAGAAAAUGAUUUGAAAUUUUCUUAAUUUUCAGAAUGUUGACUUGGCAUAUGAUUUCUGCAUUUUAUCCUCAAAUAGCUUGGUGGCGUUGUGGAUUAUCGUUUCUUACUGAAAAAGCAUUCGAAACAGACUUAGCUUUUGAUGUGCUACGAUAUACAACUGGACAUGUGAAACGAGGUUGGAAAAUAUUGUCACAUGGGAAUGGAAGUGGAAAUCUGACUUAUGGUGGAACCUACGUUAGUUACACAAACAGGAAAGAUUUAUCAAUAGUGAUAGAAACCAUGAGCCAUAAAUCUUCACUUUGUGAAUACUCCUCUCCGAAACCUUACAAAGUUAGAAAAUUGCAAAUCAUUCGAUUCAAAUUACCUCAAAAGUGCCAAGGAAUGAAUAUCUCUUUGAAUUAUGAUAGCCCACAAUUUAUUAGAAAAGAUCCAUCUGGCUUCAUUGAGUUUGCGAUAAAAUCAGAUUCCUUUGGUGUUAUAACAACAUUGCCUAUCACGGUUCCUAGAAAGCAAAUGGUCAAAGUUCAAAAAUUACCAGAAAAUUAUUUCGACAACUUCACAGAUUCUUAUGAAAAUGGAGAUGAACCCCGUUUUUGGAUGCCUCAAAAAGGCGCAUGGGAAGUUAGAAAUGGUGUGGCUAUACAGAAAACUAUCGAGCCACCUAUAAGUUGGUGCACUUUUGAAAUCAAUACACCGUAUGCAGUUAUGGCGUAAGGUUUCUAUUUUAACUUUUAGGUUCAAUGUUUCAUUGUAGAUUUGGCAAUAAAUCAAGAAAGAUUUCGGGAGAUGUCAAACUUCCCGAAAACUCAACCGCUAAUUCGAUCAUCUUGGGGCUGUUUUCGAAUUGCAGUGGCUGCGACAUCCCACAAAAGAACUGUGAAGGAUUAUAUGUCGAAUUCGACUAUAUUAAUCAGAGGGCAGAUGUUUUUUCAAAGUUUGUAAAACGAAAGAAUUUGACACGUUUCGAAGUCCCAUUGAAAUUCGGAAUAUUUCACCAAAUUUCUCUGGAAUCCCUGUCAACGUCGAGAAUUCAAAUAACACUUGACAAUUUAAGAAAAACAAUUGUUCUGAAAUCGGUGAGAAAUACAUUUUGAUUUGAAAUAAGUUUUUCUAAUGUAAAUAUUUAUGCACAUUUAAUUUUCAGCCAACUUCGCGGAAUGGGAAAUUUUUCCUCAUCGGAACUGGCAAUUUCGGAAUUUCUUACUGGGAUAAUUUAAGUGUUGCCUGA